AUGUAUAUUUUAUUAUUUUCAAUUUUUUGUUUGGUAGGAAAUGUAAUUUCUCAAUUGAUAGUAUCUGAGCAAGAAAUGUGUAUGAACGGACAAUGUAAGAAGAUGUUGAAUGGUCAUUUGGUGAUACAAAACAAUCAGGAUGUAUCUUUGAAUUUUGGAUCAUCAGAAGUAAACGGAAAAAAUGCAAAGGAAUCAGACCCUGGAUCCAGUGGAUUUAAGAUUACAAUUAAAAAGUCUCCAAUAUUGAUUGCAUAUGAUUUGAGUUAUGCUUCAACAUUGUAUCAUGAUUUCCAGGAGGAUAUAAAAUUGUUUUCGUUUAGCCAAGUUGAAGGUGACCCAUAUAGAUUUUGUGAUCAUGAGUUAAGAAGUUGCCAAAAAGUCAGGGACGAAUAUUUAUAUGGAACUCCCAACUUACCGCCUGGCCAAAAGAACUGGACUCAAGAAACUCCAAUACCACCAGGAUCUCAAGGAUCAUGUUGUUGGUGCCCAGAAUUAUAUGUUACGAUAAAUACGAAUGCACCUUUUUCAAGAGCUACAUUACAUUGUUCAUGGAUACAGCAAAGAAUGUGGUGGAAUGUAUACUUAUCUAAGUCAUGCCCGGUUUGGAUACCACCAUGGUGGACGGCUUUUAGAAUAGGAGGAUGGAACUGGCAAUAUUCAUUAGAAGUUGAAUUGUCUUGGUUUAGUCCAACAGAGUCGUCAAUUAAUAAGUUGUCAAGUACAGAAUUGGAAAAUAUGGAAGAUGAAUGCAAGAAAGAAAAUAAAGAUACCACAAUAGAUUGUUCAAGGAUAAGACAUAAAGAGUCUGGAAUACAGACCUCGGUGCAUACAUUAAAUUCAUCAUCUCCAUCAUUUUAUGAUCCAAAUUUCGGAGCUUCAGUGCAGGUAAUAAGUUCAGGACCUCCUUUUGGAAGUGCUAAUGCAAAAGAUUUGAAUGGUUAUUAUAUGUUACAACCAACAUUUUCUCCAAAAGGAAUGCCUACAAGUAUGGCAAUUCCUCCUUUAAGAAAUGGCUGUGGAAAAAGUUCAAAAAACCAGACUGAAGAAGAGAGUAAUGACUGUUUGAAGCCAACUUUAAUCAUUCCUCCAGAAAACGCAGAUUUUACAGGUGUUUCUUGUGAUAAGAUAGGAACAAGUGUUCAUACUUGGAGCUCAAUAAAUGGUAGGUUUUGCUAUCAUCCACCUGGAACUUGCCAAAGAGCUCAGGUAGCUCACUUUUAUAAGAAGGUAAUAGAAGAUCAUUCUCUUGGAAAAAUAUCUCAAUAUUCGGUAAACGCACAAAAUUCAGGUUCACCACAGCUAAUAUUGGAUUCACUGGGAGAGAUUGGCCAAGAGGAGGUAACACAGAAUGACAUGGAGAAUAUAACCAAUAUUCAAUUACGUAGAUUCUUUCUUGGAUACACUUUUGAUUCAAUUUUUGACACAGAAAUUAUGUUUUCAGUCGAAGCUUCUUCUGUAUCUUGGGUAGCAACAUCUUCUCCUGGAAUUAUUACGUAUAUAGAGCCACCACCUCUCGAAGCUUGCACAGCAAUGAGUAGUUAUGGCUGUCCUCUGAAAGUUUAUGUAAAGAAUAGUGGGGAAAUUGAUUCUGGUUUCGUUGUUCAGAUACCUUACUGUACAAAGUCAGGAGUACAGACAAGUGAGGUUGAUCCAAUAAUGGCUCAAACAAGAAAAAUUAAGGCAAAUUCUAUAGGAAUUUUUACUUUUGUAUUGGGAGUCUCAGUAUUAACAGGAAGUGAAUACAAAUGUGUUGUGGUAUUAUAUAAUUCGUUUUCCAUUCAAUUGGACCAAAACAUGUUCACAUUUUCAACAACUUCUAUGACGAUCUCUAUUGCAAGUUCUGAUUCGGUAAUUUCUGAUGUAGUAGUGAAUCAGACAUCGUUGACAAACAAAAAAUUUGAGUCCAUGUUUACAGGAAAUAAAUGCCUUUCAUGUGGAUUAAAUUUCUGGUGUUUGAUAGCAAACGUUGGGGAUUGCAUAAAGCUUGGAGUAAAGUGUAUAGGAAUACUGCUUGGAACAAUAAUAGGGCUUGUAAUAUUAUUAAAGUUGAUAAAGAUAAUACUUCAGUUACGUAAAAGUAAGAGGAUUGAAACAAAGAUAAUUACUAGUCAGCAAGAAAUUCUAGGUGAAAAGAGAAAUAACUGA